GGUGGUACUCAGGUUCCUGUUCUCCACGCACUAUAGUAAACCCGCGAUGUUUUCUUGAAGGCUCCCGCGUCAUUGUGCUCGCAUUUCUCGUGCGGUUGUCGACUCGGAAAGUAUCCUCAACUUAUCGCCGGAUAACAAAAAUUUCGACCUUUGGACAUAUUAAAAUUUCCGUUGCAAAAUGAUGCGAAUUUUAGCCCUUUUGAUACUCAGUUCAAUCUGUGUCAUAAUCAAUGCUCAGGGAACGGCAUCUAAUGAAAAACCAUUUUUCGGCCAGACAUUUGAUGAAAUUGUCGUAUCGUCGGACUUAAAUGUCAGAAGGAAAUCAAAGGAAAAUCGUCAGGGCAAAAGAUUAUUGUCGAACGUGCCGUCAGGAACUACUGGUCCCCCAGAAAAACCGACCGCAAUUGCAUCCAGACUCGUUUCCACUGAUGGAAGCCGUAUAACGCUGGAAAAAAGAGAGAAACGUGGCAUUGUUACAGCGCGAAGGAGGUAUCUGGAUUUGGGCGUCGCGGGAUACUUGCUGAAAUCUAGGAAACGGUGAAAAUUUUACUCUGAGGACAACCGCACGACCCUCUACACCCUCAUCUGUGAUCACACCUCUUUCGACAAAUUUUUAGGCCACGGCUCAUGUAACAAAAAGUACAAUAAAAUUCUUCUGUGUCAUAACA